GAAACCCAAAUGAAGAUACACCAUAUAAAAGCUCAUUUGAUGCAGCAAUCUCCCACUUACAGCUCCACCUGCUCGUCCUCCUCCUGCGGAAAUCUACCAGAUUCCAAACAUCAGCGCUGACUACUUAUCUCUGAAUCGUACGUUGAUAUCUCUUACCAGAGCUUCAACAACAUACUUCGUCGGUUUGACCCAGAAGCAGAGAAAGAGAGAACGAAUCUUUGGAAGAGAAAGGACCAAGAAAUGCAUCACGAGUUCAAGCAAGGCCCAAUCAAAAUCACCGUCGGCCACGAAUACGGAAUCGGAUACUUCAUCAGCGUCCAGGACGAACGCCUAGUGGUGAAAGGGGAGGAACUCCCCUAUUCCAGCCUUGAUGAAGCGUGCUGCAACGUUGAUAGCUCGGGGGCGGGCAUAUACCUCGCGGCUCGUACUGGGAAUGAAGGAUGCGGGACCCAAGUGAACAUUGAGGCGAUGAGGCGAUUGUGGGAGCUAUACGGGGUGAAGGGGGAGACGAUACCGCUUUUGGAGUUGCUCGAGCUAAGGUUGUCUGAUACUGUGUAG